AUGGGAAGGCAUACAGUUUUUGAUCUACAGCAGAAACCUGGCAAUGCAGACACCGUAUCACGGUAUGUCCAUCAACAGUACUGCGAGAUCCAUACAGAGGAAAAGUUGCUUUACUAUUGUUCCGGAAAGAAUUGUGCAUCUCCGAUAUGCAAUAGUUGUUAUGUCUUAAACCACAGCGACAAAAAAGAGCAUACAGUUAAAGGAAUUACUGAUGUGUAUGGCACAGAAAAGGCUCAACUAUUGGAGCUAUCCAGAUCUUUACAAAACAAGGUCGACGAAGCAACCCUUAUUGCUCAGAAUGUGAACGGAACAAUACGAAAGCUUAUACAUAAUGAGAAGAAGUCGGAAGAGGAGCUUAAUGUAGCCUUCAACAUAUGUGCGGAGCUGCUGGAGAGACGAAGACAAGACCAGCGAGGAUUGAUCAAAGAAAAGUCAGAACAGAAACGAAAGGUACUUACAGAGCAGGCUGAAUCUCUUUCCUCUUACAUCGACUGUAUGCGGACCGACUGUAAAUUCCUUGAGCAGUCAUUAAGUUCUGAAAACCCUGCUGGAUUCCUCAUUAUAGCACCAACCAUUCGAAACAAGUUUCAUGUCAUGCUAAACCAGGAAACGGAGCACAUACCUUUCCAAACAGCACACAUGGAAUACAUCAAACAAAAUAUGGCCACCAUUUUUUCAAGCUUCGUGCAAACCUUAGGCAGUGUUGCAACUAGUUCACUCUUCCCCCCAAACACCAUAGUCAACGUGCAUGAUGCUGAUCCAGAAGUAAACAAGAGAAACGAUAUCCAUGUCCAGCUGUUUGAUCACGACAAGAAUCUCUUGGUUGAUGACAACGUUGACAUAUUGGUCAGGAUCAAACCACCAAAUGGAAACGCCUUAGAUACACAUUGUGUAAAACGGUAUGGAGGUCAGUGUAGAGCAGCGUGGACACCUACAACCGAAGGUCAGCACUUGAUACAGGGGUUUGCUUUUGAGGGCAAAGUGGAACUACCAGUAAUAAACAUAGAUGUCGAAAAGGCACGACCGGUUAAAAAAGAAGCUUCAGCUGAGGGAAGACCAGAACAGAAAGACACCGGGAGGUAA